GAYACGCACUAAAUUCUUUACGGCUGCAGAGUUUCUUGUAAAAUCGAAAAAGAUGUAUGUACAAGUCGUUGUGAUGUUAUGCUGCGUUAGUGCAACGCUGAUUGAAGGGUGCGGCAAUCGUCCUGCUGGAGCUCGAGUUGUUGCGGGUGAUAAUGCGGUCCCUAAUUCAUGGCCAUGGCAAAUCUCCCUUCAAAGGAAGAGCCCGUAUAAUUCUUGGUUCCAUACAUGUGGUGGYUCUCUKAUUUCACCUGAGUACAUAGUAACCGCUGCUCACUGUGUSAUGUCRGAAUCGCGACCAGAACAGUACAGAGUAGUCGUAGGCGAACAUGACCGAAAAAAGAAUGACGGAGAGGUGAACAUUGGUGUCCACUCGAUUCAUUCCCACGAAGGGUUCAGUAUGAAACACCUUAAGAAUGACAUAGCAUUGAUCCGCCUUAAUAAGCCAGUUAUCUUGAAUGAUCGUGUUGGUACAGUUUGCUUGCCUGCUAAGGACUCAAAGGUUGCUGUUGGAAAGAAGUGCUUUAUUACUGGUUGGGGUCGAACAGUCGGUGGAGGUAAAACAGCUACAAUUCUCCAACAAGCUGAAAUGCCCGUCAGCUCUCAUGCAGAUUGCGCUAAGGCAAACAAAGCAAUYGCUCCGGUGGACGAAAAGUCAAUGGUCUGCGCUGGUUAUGCAAAACAGGGAGUCCACAUCAGUGGUUGCCAAGGUGACAGUGGGGGACCAUUUGUUUGUGAAGAAAAUGGAAAAUGGGUUCUUCGUGGAGCGGUGAGCUGGGGGAAUCCCAAAUGUUUAGCUGAGAGCACCUAUACUGUUUUCGCACGUGUCAGUUCUUACAUCGAUUGGAUUAACGAGAAGACAAGCUCAGGGGGUAAUUUACGCGAACAUGACCGAAAAAAGAAUGACGGAGAGGUGAACAUUGGUGUCCACUCGAUUCAUUCCCACGAAGGGUUCAGUAUGAAACACCUUAAGAAUGACAUAGCAUUGAUCCGCCUUAAUAAGCCAGUUAUCUUGAAUGAUCGUGUUGGUACAGUUUGUUUGCCUGCCAAGAACUCAAAGGUUGCUGUUGGGAAGAAGUGCUUUAUUACUGGUUGGGGUCGAACAGUCGGUGGAGGUAAAACAGCUACAAUUCUCCAACAAGCUGAAAUGCCCGUCAGCUCUCAUGCAGAUUGCGCUAAGGCAAACAAAGCAAUUGCUCCGGUGGACGAAAAGUCAAUGGUCUGCGCUGGUUAUGCAAAACAGGGAGUCCACAUCAGUGGUUGCCAAGGUGACAGUGGUGGACCAUUUGUUUGUGAAGAAAAUGGAAAAUGGGUUCUACGUGGAGCGGUAAGCUGGGGGAAUCCCAAAUGUUUAGCUGAGAGCACCUAUACUGUUUUCGCACGUGUCAGUUCUUACAUCGAUUGGAUUAACGAGAAGACCAGCUCAGGGGAAUGCAAGAACAACUGGGGAGAUGCUAAGUGUGAUAUCUAUAAGGGGAAUUGCAACUUUAUCACUGUCAAACUUGGCUGCAAGAAAACAUGCAAUUUCUGCAGGCGUGGUCCAAAUGGAAAGUAAUUAAAGAGAAAACGUAAAAUAAAUAACAAUAAAGGAAUAACUAUCUUAAAUUC